AUGGCGCCUCGUGAAAAAAGCUCGCUCAAACGGGGCAGGGCCAGUGUCGACGCCGACUCCUCAGAUCUCAAGAAACCCCGACGCUCCCAGAGAAUUUCCAGCCAGCAGGAACCGUUGGAAACACCAAUCGACCGAGGCUAUCUGCCAACCCCGUUGACCGAUGGCCGGUCGACCGCUACGGACACCCGCAACGAGGUGACAGCCACUCCGCCGGACAGUCCAAUUCAUCAUCGCCAACAGUCUCCGAGCCAUGCCGAGUUCCUCCAGGGCCUUUCUUCACCGCCGGGUGACACACAAGCUCUCUCGCAGUUUGUCUACCCCCCGAGGGCGUUUGCGGACGAGGUGGAUGACGAAAGUGCGGAAGGAGUCUGGGGAUACCUGAUCCCGCUGGACGACAAAGUAAGCAGUGCAUUCGUCCUAAAGAAGCGGGACGGCUGUGCAGGCCGUGACGAGGUCUCUAAAGACAAGUCCGCCAAAAAGUCUCUGGCUCCCAAACCAGGAAACAACCGGACCCCCGGCGGCUACCUUGUCGGCCGUCACCCGGAGUGUGAUCUGAUGAUUGAUAUUCCUACGAUUUCUAACCGACAUUUCCUUCUUUUUUCGGAGAAGAAGAGGGGUGACAUGGUUGCGAUGCUGGAGGAUCUUUCCAGCAAUGGGACUUUCGUGAACGACGCGAUUGUGGGUCGAAACAAGCAUCGUGAGCUCGAGGAUGGAGAUGAGGUAUCCAUCUUGAAUGAGGCGCGAUUUGUCUUCCGCUAUCCUCGGACGCGAGACACCAACAAAUUCAGCCAACAGUACCGAAUCCUCCAGCAGCUAGGAAAAGGCCACUUCGCUACCGUUUACCUAUGUGUGGAGCGGGCCACCGGAAAGCAAUUUGCUGCAAAAGUCUUUGAGAAAAGACCAGGUGACUCGCAGAAAACACAGACCGACACCUUACAGCAGGAGAUUGCCCUUUUGAUGGGGGUCAACCACCCGAAUCUCCUCUGCCUGAAGGACAUCUUUGAUGAAAAUGACGGUGCUUAUCUCGUUCUUGAGUUAGCCGCCGAAGGUGAGCUGUUCAACUUGAUUGUGAGCAAGCAGAAGCUCAGCGAAUCCGAAACGCGGCAUGUGUUUCGCCAGCUCUUUGAGGGAUUGAAGUACUUGCAUGAUCGAGGGAUUGUUCAUCGCGAUAUCAAGCCCGAGAACAUUCUUGUUGCAGACAAGAAAUUGACGGUUAAACUGGGAGACUUCGGACUCGCCAAGAUCAUCGGAGAGGACUCUUUUACGACAACCCUGUGCGGAACUCCAAGUUACGUGGCACCUGAAAUUCUACAAGAGACCCGGCGGCGGCGAUAUACCAAGGCCGUGGAUGUCUGGUCUCUGGGUGUGGUUCUCUACAUCUGCCUCUGCGGUUUCCCACCCUUCUCCGAUGAAUUGUGCACCCCGCAGAACCCGUAUACGCUGGCCCAGCAGAUCAAAAUGGGUCGUUUUGACUAUCCGUCGCCUUACUGGGACUCUGUGGGCGACCCGGCCCUGGAUCUGAUUGACCGGAUGCUCACAGUGGACGUGGAGAAGCGGAUAAGCGUGGAGGAGUGUCUUGAACACCCGUGGAUGACCGACAAAUAUCCCAGCGUUAACGACAGCACCGACGGGCUGACGGGUGCCCUGGGCAACUUGGACUUUUCUCGGCGCAAGGUUGAGCGUGAGCGGACUAUGCUCAGUAGCGUCAACGACGUCCACUUUAGCGAGCACGUCGAGGGCAGCGAAAGCCCGGUCAAGGUCUUUCACAAAAACGAAGCGGGCAAGCGGGUUCACAACCGGCCUUCAAAGGCCGCUGCCCGUGAGCCAUCGCCCGGCAAUAAUCGGGCCCCGAAGGAAUUCAUCAACCUGGGUCAGGGUGGCGAUGCCGCGCUGUACGACGAACCUACGAGUCGGUACAAAUAA